CGGGAAAAAGGACCCCCACUACAGACACCUGUGUGGACGCAAACCUCACAACUGGAGCUGGAAUGUCUCUCAAGUUUCCUCGGCACUGGGAUUUCCAUCUGAAGGUGGACAUGUCCAAAAUAGUUCGCUCACAAAGCAUGAUGGCAGUGGACGCGAAAGGCUCCAGCACGUGGCUCCAGCCCCCCAAUCCUCUGGAGCGCCCCUUGAAAACUGGCUGGCUAAAGAAGCAGCGAUCCAUCGUCAAGAACUGGCAGCAGAGGUACUUUGUGCUGAAGGGGCAACACCUGUAUUAUUACAAAGAAGAGGAGGAUCUGAAGCCCCAGGGUCUCCUGCGACUUCAGGGCUGCACCAUCAGAGAAGUGGCUUCUGGUUGUGAUGACGCUGGAAGGUUCAUCUUUGAAAUCAUUCCAGGGCUCUCCGGAGACCAAACUCGAACUGGACAGGACUCUUUUGUGCUGAUGGCGAACUCCCAGGCGGACAUGGAGGAGUGGGUCAAGCUGCUCCGGAGGGUGGUGGGCUCCCCCUUAGGAG